CGCCCCCCCUCCCAGCCCGAUCGCCUCGCACAAACUUUGUCUCAUCAGAGGGACCGGAGCCGCCGCGGGCCUUUUGGAAGGGGUCGGGGACGGAAGAGGACGCGGGAGCCGUGCGGGCCCGGGGAGUGCAUGGUGCCCGGCGCCUCGGCUGCCCAUCUGGAGGACAUCGGGGCGGGGUCGGCGGAGCCCAGCUCUUUCUAGCCUCUGCCUCGCCCGAGAUCGCCCUCCCGGACUGCCGCGGGGGUCCCCGCGCCCCAGCCCGCCAUGUCCCGGCUGCUGCCGCUGCUGCGGAGCCGGACCGCGCGCAGCCUGAGGCCGGGCCCGGCCGCCGCCGCCGCGCCCCGCCUGCCGUCCUGGUGUGGCUGCGGGCGGGGGCUGCUGGCGAUCGCGUUCCCCGGAGGCUCCCCCGGCGGCCCCCGGGCGCUGGGCACCCACCCCAAGGAGCCCAUGGAGGCGCUGAACACGGCGCAGGGCGCGCGCGACUUCAUCUACAGCCUGCACUCCACCGAGAGGAGCUGCCUGCUCAAGGAGCUGCACCGCUUCGAGUCCAUUGCCAUCGCCCAAGAAAAGUUGGAAGCUGCGCCACCCACCCCGGAGCAGCUGAGAUACGUGUUCAUCCACAAUGCGAUACCUUUCGUGGGGUUUGGCUUUUUGGAUAAUGCAAUUAUGAUUGUUGCAGGAACCCAUAUUGAGAUGUCUAUUGGAAUUAUUUUGGGAAUUUCAACUAUGGCAGCUGCUGCUUUGGGAAAUCUUGUGUCAGAUUUAGCUGGUCUUGGACUUGCAGGCUAUGUCGAAGCUUUGGCUGCCAGGUUAGGCCUGUCAAUCCCUGAUCUCACACCAAAGCAGGUUGACAUGUGGCAAACGCGAGUUAGUACACAUUUGGGCAAAGCUGUUGGGGUGACUAUUGGCUGCAUUCUAGGAAUGUUUCCUUUGAUUUUCUUGGGAGUAGGUGAAGAAGAUGAAAAACUGGAAAAGAAAAAUUAACCCUCGUAGAGUACCUAUAAAAAGAUGUAAACUAAUGUACCUCAAUGAUUAAAUAUGCUGUCACAACAUUUAGGAAUUAAGACAGUAACAGUGUAUAGAUAUGGGAUCAAAUAAUUCAGCAUGUAUUAUGGAAAACACUAACUUAUUGUGGCUUGGUUUUCUUAGGACAUCUUUUUAAAAAAAAAACUGUUUAGUAUCAUUUCGUGUAAAUUGUUGAAAUGCUUUUUCAUCAACAGCAGUCAACAUUUUAUCUUUUCCCUCUCUUUCUUUAUAUAUCCAAAUAUCAUUUAUCAGUCAUUGAUGUAUUGUCCUGACUUGGGGUUUAUUUGUUAUGUAACGUGUAUUUGCAUGAAAACAUUUUCUGUUAUUGUGUUCCCUAUAGUUACAAUUCAACCUUAAGAUUUUUCCAAAUUACAUAAGAUGUUUAUUGUCAGUUGAAGAUUUUUUACUCGCUUUCUGGCAACAUCAAUUUUGUACUGUUUCACAGUAAACAUUCAUAAUCAUAUAAUUUCAGUCACUUUUAUUUAGUCCCACAUUUAUUCAAAACAGAUGCAGACUUUAAGUGUUUUAAGUUUCUGUUAUCCAUUCUAAUUUCUUGUCUCAAGUGCCAGAGGUCAAUCAGAAUGAGCAAUUAUGUGGUCUUCGUACUACAUAAAACCAUAUAUCUUAAGUAUAUUAUUUUGAAUGGAUUGUUUUACUUUUAAUUUCUCAAUUUUGCAUCAUUACAUGGUGGUUUUUGACUCAUGAGAGGAAGAGAAUUAUUAUUGUGGGUUCUUUUCAAUGGUGAUCAUGGAAUUAGAGUGAACUAAGGGGUUUGACAUGACACUUGAAAAUUAAGAGGCUAAACAAAAUUUUUCAGAGAAAUAGAAAAUGGGAACUGUCCAGAAGGUUUGUGGUAAAAAUGGUGAAGUGGAAAGGAUGUUUGUAAGGUUAAUGAGAUACAAAUUAUAUUGUACAGGAAAGAUUUGUUCCCUCCACAAUGUCUUUUCAUCUGAAUUAAAUGAGUCUGAGUACUUCCUAUUCAUAAUCCUGAUGUUAUAUCUUGUUUAAUGAAUUUUACUUCUAGAUAACUUUUUUUGAGGUGAAAAAUAUUAUAUAUAUAUACACAUAUAAAUGUAUAUGUAUAUUUUUACAUUUAUUUCAGAGAGGAAGGGAAAGGGGAGAGAGAGAGAUAGAAACAUCAAUAUUGAGAGAUAAUCUUUGAUUGCUGCCUCCUGAAUGCCCCCCUACUGGGGAUCAAGCCGAAACCCGAGGCAUGUGCUGUGCCUGGGAAUCAAACCAUGACCUCCUGCUUUACAGGUCGAUGCUCAACCAGUGCGCUACACUGGCCAGGCAAAAAUAUUUUAUAUUUCGCUCUUUGCUACAUAUAGUCUAAUAGUCAAAAGUUACAUGAGUUGAAAUCUUUUUUUUUUUCUUUUUGGUCUUUUUUUCUUCUUUUGUGGUAUUUAAAUCAGAUUCUAGGUUGAAGUUAUUUAUUCCAAUCUUGUAUAUCUGACUUAAGUAUAACCGUGUAGGAAUCAUAAGUUUUAAUUUUAUGAACCCUUAAAGUUUGUUAGCAUGUUGCCUGUUACACAUGCCUAAAGAAAACACAUCAUGGAGGAGAAAAACUGAAAUUAAAAUUACUAUUUGGGCCGCUGAAAUUAUUAAAGUUGGUAAAUAGAUGCAAAAGAAGGGAAACUUAUAAGAUGGCUGUAUUUACAGCUAUAACUUAUUUUAAAAGUUUAUUUGCAAAUACGUACUUUGAACUCUUUUUUACAAAGGAACUGAUUUUCCCCCACAAGGCAAUUUACCAUAAUUUCGCUUCGGUGCACUUCAAAAUAAUUUAGUGUUAUCCUUUAAUCAUAGAUUUUAGAAGGAAAAACAUAAAUCAAACAAUGAAAAGAUAAACAUAUACCAUUCUUAUUGUGUACAAAUAGUAUGACAGUCUCUUUUGAUCAAAUUAGAAUAGAACUUGAUAUCUUAAACAGAAUUGUGGUUUGUAUCUUUCACAUAGUACCAUACACACACCAAAAACAAUUUUUUUUGGUAAAUAUUUAUGUGCUUUUGUCCCUAACUUGUAUAUUGCCAGUCCUUUCUGUUUUCUAAAAAAGCAUAUUAUUGUGGUGCUUAAAUUUUUCUUUAUUAAUUAAAUCCCAUAUCCAGAAACUGCC